AGAAUCUCGCCAUCCGGCCAAAGGGAGGACGCCGGGUGGGGAAAGGGGCGAGAAGCAGUUUCAUCUUUUCCUUGCCCAUGGAUAGCCGAGCUGCACGAGCCGUUCGUAACACGGAUGCACUGACAGACGCAGAUAAUGAAGUUUACGUUUGUAGACUAAGCACACCUGAAGACACACCGGUAAAAAUAACGACGGAUUCAAGAGAGGAGAGCGGCCAUAGAGACAAACAGGAACAGGACCUGCAGGAGGGUGUGACACACUUGUCAAAGGAACAGGACCCACAGGAGACCGUGAAGCGUUUGUCAACGGAACGGAACCUGCAGGAGACGGUGGCCCACCUGUCGCAAACAUUUCAGUGGGAGGAGCUGUCUCUCUUGCUGAAGAACACCAGUCCACUCAUUGCCAGGCGAUUGGUCAGCGCUAUUGUGGAGCCAGUGCAUCGCCACUCGCCUCUCACAGCUUGUCUCAGCGUCAUCGCUAGCGUCACCAAUGACGUCACCACCAUGCACGACGACCCAGGAGGGAGCGCCACCUGUUCUGACAUCUGUGAUACCUGUCAGGUGCUCCUGAGCUAUGGUGCUGACGUCAACCACCAGGACUGGCGCGGCCGGACAGCAGUCCACUGGGCGGCGAUGGCGGGUCGAGUUGACCUUCUCAUUGUGCUUCUCUCCUUUGCUGCUGACGUCACUCUGGCAGACAGCUCUGGACAGGUGGCGCUGCACUAUGCUGUCUCCAGCGGAAAUCAAGCAUGCGUUGAUCUCCUUCUGCAACACGACACACGGGUUGUCAACGUUGUUGCCGGACAUGGCUUGAGUCCCCUGAUCCUGGCGGUGCAGCAAGGUCACGACACUAUCUGCCGGCAGCUUCUGGAGGCUGGUGCCGAGGUCACUGCGCAGGAAGCGAUGACACGGCGCACGCCCCUUCACUACGCAUUGUACUUGAAGCGGCUGGACCUUUUCAAUCUCCUGCUCAACUACAGCCCCGACCUGACAGCAGCUGAUCACCGCGGCACGUCAGUCGUCCAUCGCUGCUGCGCUGUGUCUGACGUGCAGUACUUGUCCCAGCUGCUCAGCGCCUGCGACAGGCAACGGGUUCUGCAGGUGAUCAACAUGGCGGACAGCGAGGGCGCCACGCCUGUCACUAUAGCGUGCCAGAACGGACAUCUAACCCACCUGUCGGCUCUCUUGGCACACGGGGCCAGCGUCAGCGACAGGGACGCGCACGGCCGCACGGCUCUGCACCAUUGCGUGGAGAACCCGGAUACGGCCUGCGCGGAGCUGCUGCUCAAGGCUGACCCCUCCCUCCUCGCCGCCCCUGACGACGAAGGUCUGACACCUUUGCACCUGGCCGUCAUUGCUGCUAAUGUUCCUCUCAUUAGACUCCUGCUGAAGCGCGGAGCCUCUCUCACCUGUCGAGACCACCAACAGCACACAGUCGCCCACUGGGCCACAGUGUGCGGCCACGCUGGUGUCCUCGACGUCCUUCUGGAGUACGACGUUGAACUGUCGUCACCCGAUGCACAUCAGGCAUACCCAGUCCACUACGCUGCCCAGGUGGCGCGACCUGCCCAUGCAGACGACGAUGAGCUCCGACAUUCCGUUAGCGAAGGCAGUCAAGAAGUUCAUGGCAACCUUCGUCUUUUGAGGAAGCUUCUAGAUCACGGUGUUUCACCAGAAGUUCGUGAUAAAGACAUGCGCACCCCGAUUAUCUGGGCUGCUAGUGCAGGUAACGCCGAGGCGUGCGGCCUGUUGGUGGCAGCAGGUGCUAACCCUGAUGCAGCUGACAAAGAUGGGUUAUGUGCCCUUCACUGCGCGGCCAGCCGGGGUCACGUGGUGUGUGUCAGACAGUUGGUCACCACGUGUGGGGCUCGUGUGGACCCCACUGAUCAGAACCAGUGCACGCCUCUCUUCUACGCCAUCACCUUGGGCCACUGCGACUGCGUGACCACCCUCCUGCAGCUGGGGGCCAGGUCUGCACACACCGACAACCGGGGGCGAAACUCAGCCCACUGUGCUGCUGUCAAAGGAUCACGUGAUAUCAUAGAAAGUCUGCGAGUACAAGGAGUUGACCUGUGGUGCCCCUCUCUCAAGGGGGACUACCCUGUACACGAGGCGGCGCAAGCUGGACAUGUUGAGAUUGUCCAGUACUUGCUGGAGGCGAGCCCUGCAGGUACAGACACAGUCGAUGCGGCCAACAAGGAGGGACGCACCUGUCUGCACAUCGCCGCGCUGACCAACAACCUCAGGUUGGCCAAAGUGCUGCUGGACAGAGGGGCGGACGUCAAUGCUGUCAUGAAAACAAAGGGUAAAAGCUACACAUCGUAUGAUGCUGCUGUUGCCAAAGGCUACAAAGAGGCUGCAGAUUACCUCUUGUUUCGUGGAGGGACUUCUGCUGCCAAGCUCAAAGAGGCGUCGAGUGUGACCGAGUGUCACCAGGAAGAGCUGGUGGACGCAGGCCAGUCCCACGGCGCGCAGCAAGGAGCGCAUGCGCACGCUGGAGAGAUGCAAGCGCCGCCUGUGACGGUGGUGGUAGUGACCUCCAGCCCCGCCAGAGAAAUCGGAAAGGAAAUUCUGGUGGUUGGAGGGGUCCAACUGGAGACGGUAACAUCAGAGGAAGUAGAUGAACGGGUGCAUUCCAGACACUGUGAAACACCUGGUCCAAGUGGAGACAUGGCAAACGGUCUGACAGUGACAGUUGAUGACAAUGAAGUUGGAGACAAAAACAAAUCUGUAACAGCUGAUUUUCCUCAAACAGAGACCGGAGAGACUGAAAUCGUGCCGUCCACACAAACAAAAGACGGGUCCACCUCAGAGACAGCGAGCCUACCAACUACAGAGACAAGAGAUGGGUCCACCCCAGAGACAGCGAGCCUACAAGCUACAGAGACAAGAGACGGGCCAACUAAUGAGGCAAGAGAUGGGCCAACUACAGACAAAACAAACAUAAUUAAUAGUGAUAUAAGAGACACGACACCUGCUGCAAGCGAUGCUCUUACCUUCCAGACAAAAGACAUCACAGCAGCUGAGUCAAGAGAUGCUCAAAUUGCUGAGACAAGAGAUGAGCCAUCUACUGAUACAGAAGACAUGCCAGCUAUUGAGGCAGUAACAGGAGACAUGCCAUUUACUGGGAGUCUAACCCUGUCAGUUACUGAGAGGAGAGAUAUGUCAACUACGGAGACACGAGACAUGCCAGUUACUAAGACUAGAGUCGUGCCAACUACGGAGAUGCCAGUUACUCACAAUAGAGACAUGCCAACUGUGAAGACAAGAGACAUGCCAAUCACUGAGACUACAGACAUGACAGUUACUGAGACUAGAGAAAUGCCAAUUACUCACAAUAGAGACAUGCCAGUUACUCACACUAGAGACAUGACAGUUACUGAGACAAAAGACAUGCCACUUACUGAGACUAGAGACAUGACAGUUACUCACAAUAGAGACAUGCCAGUUACUGAGACAAGAGACAUGACAGUUAUUCACAAUAGAGACAUGCCAGUUACUCACACUAGAGACAUGACAGUUACUGAGACAAGAGACAUGACAGUUAUUCACAAUAGAGACAUGCCAGUUACUCACACUAGAGACAUGACAGUUACUGAGACAAGAGACAUGCCACUUACUGAGACUAGUAACAUGACAGUUACUCAGACAAGAGACAUGCCAGUUACUCAGACUAGAGACAUGCCAGUUACUCAGACUACAGACAUGACAGUUACUGAGACUAGAGACAUGACAGUUACUCAGACUACAGACAUGACAGUUACUCACAAUAGAGACAUGCCAGUUACUCACACUAGAGACAUGACAGUUACUGAGACAAAAGACAUGCCACUUACUGAGACUAGAGACAUGACAGUUACUCACAAUAGAGACAGUUACAUGAGACAGAGACAUGACAGUUAUUCACAAGAGACAUGCCAGUUACUCACACUAGAGACAUGA